AUGCCAUCCCGAAAUCGACACUUUUGCUCGAGAGAACCGUUCCGACACGACGACAAACUGACUCUCCGCCGCGUCGAGGGACCUUUUAGCUCGAUCAAUCCAACAAGAGCCCAUUUCGACCACGCAGAGCUCUGCCCUAGAUCAGCGGCUGCUACACCGCACGAGAGCAACGACGAUGCGCGCCUCAAGCGACGGGCAAGACGAGUCGACUACACUGCCCCUGCCAAGAGUGUCAGGUUCUUGUGGCGACCGCGAGAUAACCGUAAGGGACGACAUCCUUUACUCGUCCAACCGGCAUUUAAGGGUGAGGAUGCGCCUUUCCUGACGCCAAGGCGGACGUCGGAUCCGAGGGAAGUUGUGAAGAAUGUGGUCAGGACGUUUACACUUUUUCCGGUGUGGGAUAUUUCAUGGCUGGGCUUUUUUGCCUGGCUUCCACUGGUUGCCCCCGGAACCGAGUUUCCAGGAGAGUCGUACUACGGCGGCGGAAUCACGGCCUUCAUCGGUGCGAUCGUCUUUUUCGAGGUCGGCUCCAUCUUGCUCGUGUUUGAAGCGAUCAAUGCGAAUAACACGGGAUGUUUUGGCUGGGCUGUCGAGCAGUUGCUCGAACAGGGCAACGGCACAUGCAAGGUAAAGUUAGUUGCGACCCGGGAUGAUUGUCGACACCAUCAUCAAAAUAAAUGUAACCUUGUGGGUAAGCCAAAGUCAUCCCCCUCUGCGGUAUUCUCCCAGAUAUCUCGCAGCGCUGAACCCGCGCGACACUGGCAAUGGUUUCCGUCGCGGCACGACCUCCGCAUUCACUACCUCCACGAAUUGGGUUUCCUCGCCGGCCUGGCCCAGCUCUUUGGCGCGACCGUGUUCGGCAUCUCUGGCAUUACUGCCCUACCAGGUGUAAUCGACCAUCUCACUCCACAAUGGCGACUGAACGCCGCCUACUGGAUCCCACAAGUCAUUGGCGGCAGCGGGUUUAUUGCGAGCAGCACCCUGUACAUGCUGGAGACGCAAGAGAAGUGGUGGAAGCCGGCACCGCAUCUGCUGGGGUGGCAUGUCGCGCUUUGGAAUCUCAUCGGAGCGUUUGGGUUCACGUUGUGCGGUGCCUUGGGAAUGGCACAUGGGAGUCCGGGGGCACAGUACCAGGCUUCACUGGCCACAUUUUGGUAA